UUCCUCCUUAAGGCCAGGGGCGUUGGCCCAGUUCAGCAGAUGCAGACUCCCAGCCUAGGCCUCUCUUCUGAAAGAGCAGCCUCCCCAGUCCAUCCAUGUCCCAGGUAAGCUGGCCCUCCGCGGACUCCUGGCUUCCUGGGUGCCCCUCUGCGUGCUAAGGGCCAAAGCUGACUGUGGAGCUUGGAUGUGAACCGCAGCAAGGGCCGGGAUUGACCCUCCAUUCCCAGCGGAGCCGGAUUGGGCCCGGAGCCAAGGGCAGAGGAGGAGCGCGGAGGGCCAGGGCGGGGUAGCGGUUCCCUUUAAGAGGCGCUGGCCAGCCUAGCCUGCCCGCACCGGCGCCGGAGAGCAGAGAGGGGAGCGGAGCUGCGGCAGCCUGUGCGGGGCAGAGGAGGGCGUAGCAUCUUGGCUGCCAAAGACCUGCGGGAGAGGAACAGCUGGGCGGCGCUACUCCCCCCAGCUCUGCUGAUCGCUGCAUCCCUUGCACCUGGAAAAUAUGGAAGGAGACGGUGAUUCAGAGAGUCUGGAUCAGCCAGAAAUGGGCAUUGAAUCCCUGCCCGAGCCUGUCCUCAUCCAAAUUCUGGCCUUAGUGCCUGCCACUGAGUUGGUGCUCAUGUGCCGACUGGUGUGCCUGCAGUGGAAGGCUCUGGUGGACAGCACUUCACUUUGGAUCCUCAAAUGCCAGCAGGAAGGGCUGGCAGGGGAGGAUGAGGUGGAAGAGGAUCGAGAGAACUGGCAGUUCUUCUACUUCCUCCACAAGUGGAAGAGAAAUCUGCUCAAGAACAUUUUUGGAGAAGAGGAGUUCGAGGCUUGGGAGGACGUGGAACAUGGUGGAGAUGGCUGGAGGGUGGAGGAAAUUCCUGGAGAUGGUGGCUUUGAUUUUUCAGAAGAUGAGAAUGUCAAGAAGUACUUCGUCACCUCCUAUGAAUGGUGCCGCAAAUCCCAAGUUGUUGACCUGCGGGCAGAGGGGUACUGGGAAGAACUGAUGGACACCACCCAACCCGCUAUUGUGGUGAAGGACUGGUACUCAAGUAGGAUGGAUUCUGGCUGCCUGUACGAGCUGUGUGUAAAAUUGCUGUCUGAGCACGAGGAUGUCCUGGCCGAAUACAAGAGUGGGACGGUGGCAGUGCCCCAGCAGAGUGACACAGGCUGGACAGAGAUCUCUCACACCUUCAGAGACUAUGGGCCAGGAGUUCGAUUUGUCCGUUUCGAGCACGGCGGCCAGGACACAGUCUACUGGAAGGGAUGGUUUGGUGUCCGGGUGACCAACAGCAGCGUGAUGGUGGAACCCUAACUUGAUCCAGGCCCUCCUCCCCAGGGGCUAGGAGCUGUCCCCACUGUGGGGGCCGCUCUGUAGGCUGGAGAAGGGUUCAGUUCUAGAGUUCUAACCCUUCCCUGGGCCCUUGACUCUUGGGGAACCUUUGGGGGUCCUGGAAGGUAGGCGUUGUGUCUUUGCACUAUGCACUAUCUGAUUUCUGUCUUUCUUCCUUGGGAACCCCCACCCUCACCCCUUCCUCUCAUACCCUGCUCCCACAGAAAGUCUGAAAGGGUGGGGGAAGAGUGCUCACUAGCCUACACUUGCAUAUUAUUCGCAUGUCUGCCUGACCACUUUCUCUUCUGACCAAAGUUUCCAAGUAGGAAUUAGAUGAGAAAAAAAAGGAUUCACUGGGACCCAAUCCAUCCAAUUUCUAGUGCUGGGAUCAGUCCAGGCCCUGUUGUGCCUUGGGCCUCCUGUGAGGGCCUGGGAGCUGGGACCAGGCUCAGCAGCCACUGCCUGCUUUGGCUUGAGAACAAGGGCUGGGAUUGUGAAGGCAGGAGGAGAUAAGGAGAGAGAGAAUCAGAGAGCUGGGAGCCUGGAGCCAGUCUGAUACUUGAGCAUUCCGAGGCCGGAACCAGAGAAACCAGGGAAGCCUUUGUGUGGCCCAAGCCAUUCCUUCAGUCCUCUUGGAGUGCUCCAGGCGGGGCGGGAGGAAGCACUUGGUCCAACUCUGACAUCUUUGCCUAAAGUGGGGCUGAAACACCAGCCUAGCUCUUCCCUGGCACCCUCUCUCUGUACCAAGCUCCCCUUCACUCUGCAGGUGUCAAUCUGACCAUGGUGGGCAGCGGAGAGAUGGGGGGACUCCCCGGCUAACAGCCCUGGCUCCAUUGAUCAAACCUCUCCUCCCCCAAAGGAUGAUCUCAACCCUUUAAGAGCCAAUGCUAGUUUCCUUCUUCUAUGGAGUUGGGGGCAGAUUCCCAGUCUAUAAGCUGUCAGGCUUUUCUGCCAUUCAUCUUGGUUGAGGCUGGGGGUCCCUGAAAUGUGCUGGGUUGGUGCCUCGGGGGGAUGGCAACUAAUAAAACCACUGUGUCUGCUGCCA